AUGCGGCUGGUGCUCCUUAUGCAAUACGUUUGUCCGGUCAUCGUUGUGAUUGUUGCCAGCGGAGGUGCAUUCCUUUGGCCAGUGGCAUUGCGCUUGUGGAGAUUGUCGCAAACGUUGGUGCCUUUGGACAGCAAGGAUUCAGAUGCUCUUCGGAUAGGCAUCUUGGGAGCUUCGUUUAUUGCAAGAGCAGCAGUCGUCAGCGCUGCAGAUAAGAGGAAAGACAUCGUUGUGUCUGCUGUCGCGGCGCGAGACACGCAGCGUGCAAAGAAUUAUGCCGCCCAGUACGACAUUCCUGCCUUUCAUGGGGGGCCACACGCGUAUUCCAGCCUGCUGGCGAGAGACGAUGUCGAUGCGGUAUAUAUCGGACUGCCAACGGCCUUACAUCUAGAGUGGGCCAUUGCAGCAAUGCGUGCGGGCAAAGACGUCCUGCUGGAGAAGCCAGCAGUGCUAAAUGCAAACGAGGCAUCAGAGUUGGCCCAGGAAGCCAAACGCACUGGGCGCAUGGUCUUCGAAGCCGGGCACUACCGCUAUCAUCCAGCAGCCAAGCGGGCAAAGCAGCUGAUGUCCUUGAACAUUCUGGACGGUGGUGUCGCCCCGCUCCGAUCUGUGGAGGUGAGGUUCUCAAUGUUGGACCCUAAAGCUUGGCUGCGCCGCAUGUGGAGCCUGGUGAGCAGUGACGACUCCAUGCGACCAGACGAACGCUUGGCGGAGCGGGUGAAGAAUUUUGAUCGUUGGUGGUACUGUGUCGACAUGCUCUUGUGGUCGACAGGUGCUUUUGAUGCACAUGUAGUAUCGGCCAACGAAAGUCGGUUCUCCUUGGCUGCUACACUGGAGCUUUACCUGUACCCAUCCUUGGUUGUCAAUGUUUCCAUGUCAAUGGCUAGAGAUUCACUCCUUGAUCCUUUCACGUGGAGCGUCUCAGCUUUGGGACAGACCUCCGAUGGACAGGCCUCCCUGAAACUCCACAACUUCGGCUUCCCUUUCCUUUGGCAUCGCUUGGACUGGAAGAGCCUGGACGUGGCUCACUCUGAGCAGCUCUACGGCUUUGGCGAGACGACGUUUGAACACCAACUGGGCAGCUUCCGAGAAGCAUUACAGUCGGGCGACCGCCAGGAGGACGCCAUCCUCCUCACCAUGAGAACGGUGGACCGCAUACUGGAGGUGGCCGGCCAUGGAGCUUUCCCUUCGAAGGAGGUUGUACAUCAUCAGUAA